GCUUCGCCUCUUCCUCUGGCUCCGCACAUCAGUGUUCUAAUCAUUAGCCGUAGGUGCCUCCCCGUUUCGUUACGUUUUCUUCCGUUUAUGAAUCUUUUUGCAACAUAAUCUGCGUAAUUAUUACACCCCAUGUAGCGACUGCUCCACUUCAAAACAUAAAAAGCACUAACGUUUUGCCAGAGAAGGAUUGCAAGGAGAGUUUGUGUCAGAGUCUGUUCCAGAAAGAAGUAGGUCCAGACCGAUCCAGCUAAGGAGUGAUACUGAGCAGAUACAUGGAUAGCCAAAUGAAGCAACGUGUCUUCACUGGGGUCGUGACCCAGCUCCAGGAGCAUUAUGGGAUGGUGGACCAGGAAGUGCGUUUUCAGAAGAGUGUGGUGAAGGGGAGAGUUCCGGCACUGGGGGAGAGGGUGCUGGUAAAGGCUGUCCUGGAUCUGUCUCAAUCACACAGCUGGAGCGCCCAGAGAGUACAGACCCUCACAGAACACACACAGACGGCAAAGUUUCCUCGUCCUCUCCUGCCCUCCAUGAUGCCUGCACACGCACAGAAACCGGGCAUUCUGGGUAGCAAGCCACAGCCUCUCCUCAAAUCUCCCAAGAUCCCUCCUCUCAUCCCCAGCAUCCUUCACACUGUGGCCAAGCCGGGGUUGCUGCAGACUCCAUCAUGGGGGGGUCAGUUUGAGGGCUGGGGCAGAGGCAUCAGGAAGAGACCUGCUGAGGCAGGGAGACGAGGAGACCGCCGGGAGGACAGUGGAGUGAGGGGUUGUGACCAGAAGAGGAGGAGGUGGAAGGAGGAGGAGGAUAAGGGAGCUCACCCCAAAAAGACCUCCCCUACCCCAGUUCAGAGUCCCGCCCUCUUCUCUUGCUUCCCCAGGGAUUGUGUGUCCUGUGACAGUCUAGAGCUACAGCGUCGCUACCCCCAUCUCCCUCUCCCCCCAUCCGUCUGCCACCUGUCAAUCAGUUGGAUUGACAGCUUUCCUCCCUCCCAGCCCCUCCCCUUCCCCCUCCCACAGCCCUGCCUUUACCACAUAGGCCCCGUCGAGGCUGACCAACACACACACACUGAGAGAGAGGGUGCAGAGUGCACUGUAAAGGUGCUGCUGUUGUCCAUGGCCAGUUCAGAGGAGCUGUACAGACAGUGCUGUGGGCUGCAGGACCGGAAAGAACAGCAGGAAGGUGCUGUGCACCCUGCCUCUCUCAUCAAGUUCCUGUUGGGGGAGGUAGGGGGUGAGUUUCGGGCCCUGGGGGGUCCGUGGUGUCUUGAGACAGAUGGCGGCGGUCCCAGUCCGCUUAAGGACCCUCGGGCACUGCUGAGGACAGCCCUGCGCUGUGUGAGGGAACAGAGUGGACUGGACCUCAGUGGCUGCUCCCAGUGGUAUAAGAUGGCUGAGCUGAGCUAUGUUUGUGAGGGGAAGCUGGAGACAGUGGUGUUUUUGUUACCUGAUGUCUGGAGGAUCGUACCUACAGAAGAUGACUGGAGCACACUCAGGACUCAGGAGGAGGAAGGGGCCCCUCUCCCUGCCGCUCCAUGCCUGGUUGCAAGGCCCCGUCCUGGGCUAGCCCUCUGCCCCGUCCCCCUCUCCUCUCUCCUGGAGCCCCACACCUCCACAACCAAGGAGGCCUUUGAGGUGGGCUUGCUGGCAGAGUUGUUUUGUGAGAUGCUUCAGAGGGACUUUGGUCUACUGCUCUACCGCUGUCUCUGCUCUCUAACGCCUACACACACACCCACGGAGGAUGAACAGAUAAAGAACGACAAAAAGCAGAGAAUACGGGAUGAGAGGAGUAAAAGAUUUCAGGAAAGAGGAGAGAGCGGAGGGAAAGCAGCGGAGGAGACUGAUGAAGAUGGAGAAGAGAUAGAUGAGAAAGAAAGAGAGGGAGAGGGAGAAAGAGAGAUGUUGGGAGAGGAGGGAAUUACUAGUGAGAGUUCAGACUGCCUCUUAAAGCACAAUGUGCUGUCUCGUAGGGUGUUGUUGGCCUGUGUGUUCUUUGACAAACGGCUCACUGGCAGCCUCAGACAAGCAGACCUUCACAACAUCUUACUGUCACUAGGGCUGUGGCUCACACCCACCCAAGUCCAGGUGUUGUUGAAUAAGGUGUGUGUGGAGGGGCAAUGUCCAUACAGGAUGCUAGCCUCUCGCUGGGAGGAGACGGAACACACAGAACCUGAUAUCAGCAUGGAAGGUAACCGUGGGUUGUUUCGUGGAGCUCCAAAGAAGGAGAAGGCUUGUGGCCGGAAGUCUGGGGGAUCCAGGGGGCCAGCUGCAGCUGUGGGGGCUGAGGUGGUCUCCUACAAGGGCAGUGUGGUAAACAUCCCCAGCCUGCUACAGGCCAUGGAAGCAGCAGACAGAACACGGAAAGCCCUGGAGCUACGCAUCGCCACCCUACAGGAUGCACUGGUGGAUGCUGCGGCUGUCACUCAGGGCCAGGAGGAGGGUCUUAGCAGCAGGCUGGAGAAGGUGGAACUUCGAAGCUCAUCCUAUGAGAAGAAGCUGAAGGAGGACGCUGGUCACAUGUUCGCCCUCAUCCACAAAAUGCAGGAAAUGGUCGACAAGACAACAAGCCUGACUCAAUCAAAAACAGCAAAUGAAGAGCACUGAUUGGUCGGAGCAGAACAGAGAUGUGAAGAUAAACUUGAAAGAUUACAUUAUUGCAUACACACACGCACCAGCCGGCGUGACGGAGAUGAGUGAGUGACUACACACACAUACAGUCAUGACUGAAAGUAUUGGCACACUUGAUAAUGAGCAAAAAAGACUGUAUUAAAAAAAUGAUACAAUUAGUGAGCUAUAAUGUAUGCUCCCAAUUUUUUUUAAAUGAUAUGAUUUUAUACUAAUACAACUGCUCAAAGAAAGAGAUUUUGUUUUUCUCAAUAGAUGGGGUCAAAAUUAUUGUCACCCCUCUUUUCAAUACUCCGGCACCUUUGUGAGGAUAACGGCACAGCCUUUUUCUAUAGUGUUUUAUGAGAUUGGAGAACACAUUGGGAGGGAUGUUAGACUAUUCCUCCAUACAGAAUCUUCCCAGAUUAUUGAUAUUCUUCGUCUGCGCUCAUGGACUGCCCUCUUCAAUUCAAACCACAGGUUCAAUCGGGUUCAAGUUCGGAGACAGAGCUGGCUAUUGCAAAAUGUUUGAUUUUUGUGGUCAAUUAACCAUUUCUUUGUAGAUUGUGAUGUGUGCUUGGGGUUAUUGUUUUGCUGGAACAUCCACUUGUAGGUAAAUUUCAGCCUCCUGGCAGAGGCAACCAGGUUUUUGGCUAAAAUGUCCUGGUACUGGGUAAAGUCCAUGAUGCCGUUGACCUUAACAAGGGCCCCAGGA